GCGUGCGCGCCCCCGUUGUUUUGAUUCUGCAGGCCGAGCCGGGUACGAUUAGGGUUGACGGGUCGCGGGAGCGCGCAGUGUCGGGCUGCGCACGAGCCCGAGUGGCGGCUGAAGAAUGGAGGAAGAUAUUCUGACCACACUCAAGAUCCUGAUUAUCGGGGAGAGCGGGGUCGGCAAGUCCAGCCUUCUACUAAGGUUCACAGAUGAUACAUUUGACCCAGAACUUGCAGCAACAAUUGGUGUUGAUUUUAAGGUGAAGACCAUUGCUGUUGAUGGAAAUAGAGCAAAACUUGCUAUAUGGGACACUGCCGGACAGGAACGUUUCCGGACCUUAACCCCAAGCUAUUACAGAGGUGCACAAGGAGUUAUUUUGGUUUAUGAUGUCACACGGCGGGAUACUUUUGUAAAACUAGACAACUGGUUAAAUGAGCUGGAGACCUAUUGCACAAGAAAUGACAUAGUGAAGAUGCUGGUUGGAAACAAGAUAGACAAGGAAAACCGUGAAGUAGACCGAAAUGAAGGCCUUAAAUUUGCAAGAAAGCAUUCUAUGCUAUUCAUAGAGGCUAGUGCGAAAACCCGGGACGGUGUACAGUGUGCCUUUGAAGAACUCGUUGAAAAGAUUAUACAAACUCCUGGAUUGUGGGAAAGCGAAUCAAACAGCAAAGGUGUCCGACUGUCCAGUGAAGAAGUGGGCAGAGGAGGUGCUUGUGGAGGAUACUGCUCGAUGCUAUAAAAUAAUUGUACUAUCUUCCUAUUUAAUCAAAUAGUGAUAAACGAUUUCUGUAUAUAAAAUCAUUUCCUCCUAAUAUAGGGACCUUUCAAUUUUGCAUAUAUUUGUUUGUAUCAUGAGAACAGAUAUUUGUAGAAUUCUGUUAAUCGGCUUUCCAGUUAGAAAAAGCAUGAAACUGUAUUUUUUUUUCGUUACUGGCAUGAAGAUUACGGACUUGGCGAAGUGCAUCAGCUAUGAUGCCAUUGGUUCAUGCACUUUUUAACCUAUUCUAACUUGACAGUGUUAAAACUGUGUGUUUGAUGUCCCUUUCAUACCAUUUAAAUACACAUUUUGUCUUACCUGUUAACAUUCUUGAUUGUUAUAUGAUUGCAGCUCACUGAUUGAUAUAGACUAAUCUUCACUUGUCUCUUAAAGGCAAGUCAAAGCAUGGCUAAGCACCCUGCUAUGGCAGAGCUGUCUCAUUGCUUUGCAAAAACACAUUGUUGUCCAAUAGGACAUUCUAUCUCCUCAUGGCUGUCCCUGUCCCCGUAAGUCUCCUUUAAGUAUUAGUGAAGAUAUCCAGAAUGGCCACAAAGUGUUUCUCUGAAAUAAGGGUAUUUAAGUCUUCCUUCAUUUUCUGCUGUCAGGGCAACUAGAUAUGAGGAAAAGGGUCACCUUAUGUCCCUUAAGACUAGCCCUGUUUUGACUGACGGUCUGGUAAUCAUCUGUUGAGAUGGGAAUUGUCCAACAUUUAAAUCUGGCAUUCUAAUUAUUAGAUCUUAAAGGAGCACGAUGUCCUAACAGAACGUGUUGUAUGUAUCUGACUACCAUAUUGCACGCAAGCUCUCAUUAUUCGUAAUUGACUUUGUAGCACUCCUUUCUUGCUGGACAUUGAAGCCUCGCUGUAACUGGUUUUUGAGCUGAAUGAUGUCUCCCCAGUGCAUGUUGUGUCAAGCAACUGGUCUAUACAGUUUUAUAAUCAAUAAGCAAAAUGUAACUGCAAAUCUUUUUACAUUUUGCCCCUGGGGCACACCGAUCUGUUAAUGUUGAAGAUGGUUUGAAAUUUGUGAUUGCCUAAUUUUUAUCUUUACGUUCACUCUUCCAAAUAUUAUAUUGUAGCUGAAUCUUUACUAAUUAACAUACCCAGUAAAAAGUAAUAUGAAUGGUCAUUCAUAAUGAACUUAUUGUAAAAAAAAAAAAAAGACAUGUACACAAUGCAUUAUUUUAUAAUUUAUUUGCACAAGUUACAGUGGAGUCUCUUCCGUAAUGCUUUUAGUCAUAUCGUGCAGUCUAUUGUACAUUGCUAUACUUGGUAGCAUUGGAACAUAUAUUUCAAUGAAGUGACAUUGCUGCCAAGGACUGUUUGCUGGUUUGCAUAAAAAGGGUAGUUCUCAGUAGAGAACUUAGAUAAACAGUCUGAAUUUUCCCUGUUCAGGUAUGAGUUGCGUAGCACCAAAACUGACAACCUACUUUGUAGUCAAGCACUUCCUGUUGAAUAAAAAUAAGUAUAAUUAAAUAACACAUUUUGGAAAGAAUCUGGAUGUUAUAUGUUUCAUAGCCAUUCCAUUUUUUUGUGUGCUGUUGUGAUAUUGUAAUAAGGUUUUAUUUUGUUUUUUACUUGUGACCGUAACCGUGCCCAGCUUGACCAAAGCCAGAAGAUGAAACACACACUAUUUGAUUUGUAUUCAGUAUGGAAGGGAACUCCCAACAUCAGUCAAAAACAUUCUUUAUAUAAAUCUGAAAAUAUAUUGGGUUUUUUAAUUCUUCUUUUAACUGUUAAAAUUGGUCAUGGUAUAUUUGUAAUAUUAACUGCUAUAUCCAAUGCAUGUGAGGUGCACAGUAUAAACAAAUCCACUGAAUGAUCUCCUUCGACCAAUAAGCAUCUGGUGAACUGUAAUGGAGCAUCAAUAAUGACCUUUAAAUGAUCACUAUACAUGAAAGCACAAGUAAAGACUUUUGGAUUCAGUCACUAAACUGGGAAUUGUGGAGAGUUGCAAAUGGGCCGUAAUGGUAAAAUUGGAUGUAAAGAAAAAUCGGUUACUUUUCCUGCUCUGCAAUUUUUUACUAAAAUGUGCAGUCUCUUGUCACAUCUCCAUCAUUUAGUGAAAACUCCCAACAAAAGGAUUUUAUCAUUAUCCAAUGUGAUGUAUUUUUAGUUUAACAGUUAAUCAAACAUCUGGAAGAUUAUGGUCUUCAGUGACAAGACAAUGAAAUCACACCCAUCACUUGCUUCUUAAAUUUCAGUGCUUACCUGUAAACUCAGAGAAUUAAACUUACAACAACUGACACGUCACGUUUUUUUUUUCUGUUUUGGAAUAUAAUUUGUAAAAUAAACCUAUGAAAC